AUAUCUCUUCACUAUCAGACAACUAUAAACAUAAAUUUAAAUUAAUUUUGCGUGGAUCUCAAGAUGGUUUUACACCUAAACAAUUUCAUGAUCAUUGUGAUGGGAUAGGUCCCACACUCACAGUCUUAAGAGAAAAGCACUCUGGUGAAAUACUUGGAGGUUAUAAUCCUUUAAAUUGGCACUCAAUGGUUGCUGGUAAUUACAGUCCAACAGAUUCAAGUUUUAUUUUUUCGUUAGGUGAUAAAGUUUUUUGUUUCGAUCAAGUGUUGAGCAAAAUCGUUGAUCGAAAUAAAGCUAUUUAUCAAAAUGGAAAUUAUGGACCUUGCUUUGGUGGUGGUGAAUCGGAUUUAAGAUUAUUUGGAAAUAAUUUUAAUGAAGAUAUUCGCUGCCGUUGUGUUAGGACUAGUUAUCAAUUUAAAAUAAGAAAUAGUGAAGAUGAGUUUUGUAUUGACGAAUUUGAGGUGUUUCAAGUUCUUACAUCAAUAGAAGAUUAG